GGUCAGUCAGUUUCAUCUGAACUCCUGCAGGCAGUAUGAAGGUGUACGCCACGCUGUGCUUUAGUGUGUGUUUAUUUUUACACCAAACUCUGGCGGAGAGUCAAUCCGAUUUAAUCGUCGAGGACAAAGAUGUGCUGGUGCUGACAAAAAGCAAUUUCCACCGAGCUCUUAAACAACACGAGCAGCUCCUGGUGCACUUCUAUGCUCCUCUGUCUGGCCAGUCUCUGGGCUCGAUCCUUGAGUUUAGAGAAGCAGCCGGAGCCCUGAAGGAAGCAGAUUCUAAUGUGAAGCUCGGAGGAGUGGAUGUGAAGAAGGAAAAAGAGCUUGCCGAAUCCCUGAACAUCACAACACUACCAUCAAUACGACUCUACCUGUCUGGAGACAAGAAUAACCCAGUGUACUGUCCUGUUCUUAAAAGCUCCGCCUCCAUCCUGACAUGGCUUAAAAGAAGAGCAGGGCCGAGUGCUGACAUCAUCAGUAAUGUCACACAGCUGGAGAACUUCAUGCACGAAGGGGAGCUUGUGGUGCUUGGAUUAUUUAAGGAUCUUGAGGAAGGCGCAGUGAACAUGUUUUACGAAACCGCUGCAGACGUGGCUGAUCUGCCUUUUGGAGUAACGGGCCAUCAUGAAGUUUUCAGCCAGUUUGAGAUCAGCAGAGACUCUGUUCUCCUCAUCAGAAAGUCUAAACCUGACCAGCAGUUUGAGAUGGAGAGCAGCACAGUGAAGACAGACCUCGUUCACUUUAUCAGACUGUAUGAGAUGGAACUUGUGACCGAAUACAAUGGCGUGACGGCAUCUAAGAUCCUGAACUCAGUGAUACUGGAUCAUUUGCUUCUGUUCAUUAGUAAGACUGAGGGAGGAUUUGAGGAGAUCUACGACGCUUAUAAAACCACUGCAGAAAAAUUCAGAGGGAAGAUUCUGUUUGUGCUGAUCGACGUGAGUGAGCUACGCAAUGGCCGUAUGAUGGAGUAUUUCCAUGUGAGGUCAGAAGAGGCUCCUCAGGUCCGGAUGGUCAAUUUAUCAGACAACCUUCAAUACCAGCUGCCAUCUGAUCAGUUUGACACACACACUCUGAUGGAGUUCUGUCUCGAUUACCUGGAUGGGAAAGCUAAGCCUAAGAUGCAAAGUGAGCCAAUUCCUGCAAACUGGGACACGCAGCCAGUUAAAGAACUGGUUGGGAUGAACUUUGAAAAAGUGGCCUUCAACCAUAACAACAACGUCAUUGUGUUGUUCUAUGCACCGUGGAACAGGGAAAGUCGUGCUCUGUUUCCACUGUGGGAGGAGCUUGCUGAUCACUUUAGUCAAAAUCAUGAUGUCGUCGUCGCCAAAAUUGACAUUACUGCCAAUGACAUACACCUUCAUCUGGGAGAGAAAUAUCCAUCCAUCAAAUUAUUUCCAGCGCUUUAUUCAGAGAGAGUGGUACCAUAUUCCGGCAAGAGGAAGCUGAAGCCUAUAGUAACAUUUAUGAAAACAGAGAUCGAAAAAGCCAAGACAGAGAAAGCCAAGGAGGAGCAGCGGAGAAAGAAAUAUCUGGAAGAACAGAAAGCUGCACAGAAAGAGGAACUCUAAUGUGGGGUUUGCUGUUAAUUUGUUCGACGUAUAAAUGUAUGACUUUAAUAAUAAGUGAAAGAUGUAUUACACUGAAAUUAAAAUACUGACAGUAAAGCACUUGCAAAAAGUACUACA